AUGGGGACAGUCAAGAGACCUGGUGACUAUGCUGUCAACCUCAUCCACUAUGAAGAUGCUGCCGCAUUGACGCUGCAGGUGCUCCUUGGGGCGGGCAGCGACGGGGGCAAAGGCUACAGGGGAGAAGUUUUCCUUGCGACCGAUGGCAAUCCUGUAACGUUGCAGGGCAUGAUGGACGCCUAUGCCUCUGGCGGGGCCUGCUCUUCUAACGUGGAGUUCGUCGGCACUGGCGGCGCGGCCACCAGCAAGGCGUUGGACAAUAGGAAGACGCGGAGGCUGUUGGGAGAGGCCUGGGAGCCCAAAUAUCCCAGCUGCGCCGACUUCCUUGCUUCUGGGAGUAAGGACUGGUUCACAACAUGUGGUCUGUUCUGA